AUGUACGAAAGAGACUCGCAGGCCAAUCCACCAAAGCAGCGCAUACUCGAGCCGAAUCCUGUGGCGGCUUCUGCACCACCGGACAUGAACUCGGCAGCCAUUUCUUUCGAAUCGAAAAUUGCCCUGGCCUUGGGUGGUUCGAGUUGGCAGCAACUGCAGGGUGACAGUGCUGUGGAGCCCACAAUUGCGGCCGAAGAUGGCGUUGACUCCGAUUCGGACGGUGGGGAUGCGAUUCUGGAAAUUCCUGAAGAAGAAGUGAUCGAUCCAGUCGUACUUGAGAAACGCAGGAGAAAAUUGGCGCGCUUCAACAGCACUAUUGCAAGAGAUGCAGGACAUGUUGUAGAGACAAUCGAAAAGACCGCACUCAUCCCGGUACCAGAGCCAGUAACAUGGGACGAGGAACCGGAGCUGUUGUGUUGCUACAACUGGCAGGCUGCGGAAGACGGUACCAAUACGAUAUUUGUUCCCGGCGAGCCAGCAAAAUGGCAACCGCCAAGCCUGCCGCACACUGUGGAAAGGGAUAGUGGCUGGGAUUCCAACGAUUACAACUACGCUCGCCAACCGAAAAAUCCGUACCUGCCGAUGUUCAAUGCCCUCCGGGUUAUGUCACCAAACACCACUUUCCACAACGUCGACGUUCUCGCAGAUCGCAACAAUCUCCGUGUGUUAUUGGAAUUUGCUCAGGGCAAGAACAACGCACCUCUCCGCCUCAAUCUGUAUCUAGUCUUCAACACACUCGUCAUCGUGCGCAGGGAGUCACGGUGGUGGAAACGCUCAGACGGGAAGAGUUACGGGUUCAACUUCGAGCGAGCCUUCACCAAGAAAACUGAAGACAUGGAGGAUGCGACGAGUCACUAUCGGGCUAUACGAUAUGCAAUGGGUCCUCUCAACGUCGUUUGUCGCUUCGAAGCAGAUGCAUACGACGACGGCAUCAUUCCCGACGAUCUCACACAGACCGAAGCAGCAGCGCCCAGAUACUAG